AACAAAAUCUGACGAGUCAACUUCAUACAGCCAAAGAAGCUUCAGAAGGAGCUUCCAAGAAAGAGCCAAAGAAGCUUCAGGAGGAGCUUCCAAGAAAGAGACCGGUGGAGAUGAUUCAAUGGACAAGAAUGAAGCUGCUAAAUAAAAAGUCAAGUAGUACAAAGUUAUCUAGAGGUGAGCUGCUGCUGCAGGUAACUUUGAAAGAUGCAGAAAUACAACGCCUUAAGGACCAGAUGCCUCAAAGAAUAAACAACCUUACGGACCAGGUAACUGUAACAGAUGAGGAAAUACUAAGCCUUAAAAACCAGCUUAGUAAGAGAGAUGAGGAAAUUCAGAAGCAUGAGCAUGAACUAGCUUUGAAAGAUAAGGAAAUACUAAGCCUUAAAAACCGGCUCAAUGAGGGACAUGAGGAAAUUAGGUACCUUGUGCAUGACCUAGCUGUGAAAGAUGAGAAAACGCAACAGCUUCAUUACCAGCUCAUAUUAAAAGAUGACAAAAUUCAGAGACUUGGGAUGGUCAUUGAUUCUGCAAUUUCUGAUUUAAGCAAAGCUCAUAACAUUACUGAUGACCAUCCUGAUACUAUACCACCAAAAAAAACGGUAGUUGUAAAAUUGUUAGGAGAAGAGGACAUAAUCGGGGCACACAUGUCGAAUACUGAUGCUUCGAUACGUUCCUAUCCCGAGUAA